AUGCUCGUGUCGAGUGAAUUCUUCCGCGAGAUCCAGAUUAGUGAAGCAGGAUUAAGAGAUCUGCUUGCCACGGGCCCUACACCUUCUCGGUUUCUCAACUUCCUAGCAGCCAUAAGCCUUCGAACACGGACCGAUGCUUACACAUGGGAUUUCAUUUCCAUCGAGCAAGAUGUUGAGCAGAACAAUUCUCAAAGUGCCUGA